UUAAAUGUAGCUGUUACGACUGUAGAGUAGUUUGGGCUUCAUCUAGGUCGAAAUUGUAAGGUUUUCUGCUAAAGUAUGUUUGUGUGUAAAGGGGAAGUCUGACAAUGCUGGCUGCGUCGGCCACGUAUCAUUAGAAAGCUAUUUGCUAUUGUGGUUCGUGCAUAAGGAGCGGCGCGUCGCAGUCCGCUACACGACAACCGACUCCUACGUUAGUUCGCACAGUUGCGCCGCUCGAUUCGGUUGCAAUGUUCCAUUCACCUUAUUCGUCGGCGACGAGGUUCAGUGACUCCGCCGCCGACCGACUAACUCCUCGGAACACGUCAUCUGCGUGCUAAUGCCGCCGCUGUUUCAUCACCUACGGCCGAUCGCCACAAAGUUGUUUAAAUUCUGUAGGUGUCCCGCGACGCGGCCGUCGAGGCGACCUCUUUUCGCGGGCGACAGCGAAUGCGUCGCGCGCCGUCCAUGCAGCGUUAUGUAAAGUUGAGAGCGGUGCAGCGGUGAGCGUUGCGCUCGACCGCGUGCGCGCCCCCCGCAAGCCUUCCUUCCCCUCGCGAUUUCGUUCGCCGUCGGUUUCACUCGCCACGAUCGGCGGCGCGGGGUUCCGGAGGUCGCGCACCUCCCGCCUCCUCCGCCCUCCUCGGAGACGGAGCCGGUCCGCGGUCCGCAGCGGCCACUCAGUCGUCGAGCGGAUUGCGUCGGCGGCGGUCGGCUCCGCGCCUCGCCUGUCGCUGUCUAGUCUGAUGACCCGCUAUCGCGACAUGCCGACGCUGACACAGCUCGAGUGAAUCGCAUCGCCCGCGACGUCGCGUUUGCAGUACACCACCGGUCGCGCUUCCGUUUUGGGAGUCUUCAGUGAUUUCGCGGCUGCGUUUGCGACGGUCACGAACACGCUCGUCGAGCUGACGACGUCGUGUCGAAAAUAGCAAAACUUGUGCAGAAUUAAAGCAAUGAAUAAGUGAAAUAUUAAACAUAAGUAAUCAAAAGACUGUAUAACAAAUUAAUGAACUUAACAAUGAAUAGGACGCAAGUGUGUCUAUGACAAUGACUGGUAAUAGUAGUUAGUUAAUGUAGUGGCCCAUUGUAGAAUGGGUAUACUUAUGGAAACCACCGAAGCGAAACUGGGCACUGCCGGUUACCGGAGACGUCGCGUGCAGCCAGAACUGUUCGGCGCGAUGGGAGCCCCCGGGGAGUACUACGCUGACACGCUCCACACCAUCGCCAUCAACACUCGGGAGACAGAAUUCGGCAGCAUCGUCGAACCGAUACCAAUAACACUGAAAGCGUACAAGCAGCUGCAAGCUCACCACCACGGGCACGCCAUCAAUGGAUAUGGGUACCCACAGCAACAAGUGAUCACAUCUUUGGUCGCUGCUUCUCGUGUUCACGAAGUUGAAAGGCCAUCGACGAGCCACAACUUCACACCAAGCCCCGUCAAGGAAGAAGUCAAAGAUGCUCAAAAGGUCACUAGACCACCUCCUAAGAAGAAGUGGAUAAAAGAGUAUCUAGAAGAAGAGCCGAAGUCGCCGGUGUCGGUGCGAGUGGUGACAGGGCUACCGGUGACGCCGCGCAGCAACGGCGUUGUUCGGCCGACGUCGCCGGUGCCGGUAGCUCCCCCCUGCCCGCCCGCACCCGCGCCUGCCAUCGUUGCGCUCGAGCCGGUCCCAGCAGCGACCGCACCUCCUCCCGCGCCCCUCCUCGAUUUCGCACAAGAACAUUCCAGGCCGCGAACGACGAGUAACAGUCAUGGCCCACCUCCCAUCCCUUCACCUCCAUCGGUUAGCAGCAACGGCAGCGGUAGCGGCUGCAGCAACGGCAGUGGUAGUGGCAGCAGUGGAAGUGCUCCUCGUGCGGGCACGAGAGAGGUCCACAACAAACUGGAGAAGAACAGACGAGCACACCUCAAAGAGUGCUUCGAACUCCUCAAAAGACAGCUGCCAGCCACUCCCGAUGACAAGAAAACUUCCAAUCUUUCUAUACUGGGCUCCGCUAUUAGAUAUAUUCAGGUUCUUCGUCGUAAGGAACGCGAUUGUGAGCACGAAAUGGAACGACUGGCUCGUGAGAAAAUCGCAGCGCAACAGAGGCUCUCCGCCUUGAAAAGAGAGAUCUCGGUUCGAACAACUGUUCGCCCUCGGAGUAUUGAUGCUGUUACGGAAGAAAAGAAUACAGAAGAUCCUGUAAAUGGGCAAGUUUUAGGAAUUCCUAUAAGUAUAUCAGCGUCGCCGCCGCGUUCCGUCGCACGAAUGGAGACGUCUCCUCCCCGCACUCUAAACCUAAGCACGAAGUUGCGUACGCUGCCCAUACAAAUCACGCCCACCACCUCGCAGGUUGUGCGGACAUCGUACGGCGCGAGGCCUAGUACGCUGACGCUUACUACGCUUGCGCCGGCGGAACCUCCCACUCAGAACGGGCAACCUGUUGAAAACGGUGUGACGAAUGCACUUAGCACCUUAGUACAUCCAGCUCAAAUACAUCUACCCUUAUCGCAGGUUGUUGGGAGCAGUGGUUUGGUCGUAGGUUCGACGGCUCUACAGCUGUUAUCUACAACCAGUGGGCUCCGUGUUCUACAAACGCCCGUACAUACCAACGGUGUGACAACUACGACCGUUGAAAGCACGACUACUAGGAUAACUAAAGAGAACGGCAUCAUAUCCCCGACUCCCGUCUCCACGACUGCAGAUGGCAGCGUGGUCGUGAGUGGACUGACUCCUCUAGUAGUAUCGCAACCCGCCACGCAUUUGUUACAGACGCACACACUCACCCAUAAGGAGAAGACGUGUAAAGAGUCGCGGGCGGUGCGGGCGGCGCGGGCGCCAACACACCCGUACCUGCGGCCGGCGCACCCCGCGCUGCACGCCGCCUCCCCGAGACACAUUGAUAACUCGUAUAUUAAUUUCCUAGAGAUGGUUGAGACGCAAAUGGUGAAGGGCACGGUGGCUCCGCUGACGGUGAGCGCGCAGUACCUGAGCGCGACGACGAUCGUGAAGCCCGUGGUGGUGGUGUCGGCGGCGGGCGCCGCGCCCCCGCACGCGCCCCCCUCGUGAGGGUCGGCCGCCCGCGCGCGCCGUCCGCGCCCAUCGCGCGCCCCGCGCCGCUCCCCGCGCAGUGCGCUGGCGCUCCUCUAGCCCCGGGUCCCCGACCCAACACCUGGCCGCUAUGAUCGCCUGGUACUUUGACACAAUACUUGUGCUUCAAACCCAAAAUGUCAAGAGACUGCUGAAGCGUGCUAGCUAGCGAACCUGCAAUCUGAAAUUUAAAAGCGGCAUUGAGAACCCGUCAAGGAGUGAGAAUUUAAAAAGAAAAUAGCAUCGCUAGUAUGUACCACGGAUGGCUAGGAUUGUCAUUCACUGCCAACACAAAUAAUCCAGUAAUUUCCCGGACGAUCACCGAACUUUGAAUCAGGAAGUAAAUACAGUGUCAGUAAGUUCGUCUACCUCACCUGGAUGUGACGAUGAACCAUUCCUUGUGAACAUGAGACGGGUGCACGGGUGGGACGUCGGUAUUGACGUCCCUGUCACACUACAAGUUGUAAUAAUAUGUGCGAAAGAGAUGAGUAGCCGCCCGAUGUGUGUCAGGAACGCGGGUCGCGCGUCUUAUGUUAAGAGCGCGCGAAUGUAUGUGGCCAUCAGUCAGUGGUCAUGUAUUUCAAAGACGGUGAUAGCAAAGUGACAAAUAGUGAUGGACAAUAGUGGAUAUCAACAACAGAAUGAUCCGCGACAUAUUUUUCUACUAAUAAAGUAAAGUUUUGCAAUGUGAUCGAAUUGAACAAUAACUUGAAUGGAUGUAAAAAUAUUUAUUAACUUUUAUUUAUUUAAAGUCAAUACGAGAAGCAAGUUUGUGUAGAAUCGAGAUAUUUCGGAGCGGAUGCCUACGAGAGAGUGGCAGGAAGAGUGCGGCACGUUUUAUAUCAUUUAGCUUAGCGAAAUGCGUCCAUGUGUUGUUAAUCAUGUCUUAUUAUGUAUACAUAUUAGAGUAUAUUUACUGUACGUUCUGGGUGUCAGUAAGCGCUGCGAAGCGAAGCUUAUCACAACCACCAACAACCCCAGUUUAUACGAUAGUAAGUAAAUCUGGUUCAAUAGACCUACGAUGUAAAAGAUUCCCUCUUUGUGAACUAUAGGUUUAGGCUAAAGUGUACUUGUUAUGUAUAGAACUAACAAGAGUAAAGUUUAUUUUUUCUAUAUCUGUGAUGUGUGCAGUUAGGUACCGUAGUUAUGGAAACUCUGUACAAAGACCUCUUUAGGUGUUGUCAAUUUCUAACAGUUGUGCAUAAUGUCAAUAAUGGACAAUUGGAAUUAAUUAGCUAAUAAAUAAAUAUGUGGCUUAUAUUUGUCGCGUAAUGCAAUAUGUACUUUAACACCUUUUGUGAUAAAAGUGGGCAUUGCACCCGGAGACCUGAAGUUGAGGGGAUGUUAGAGAAAGAAUACUAGGUUAUCGUGCUGUCCUGCUCAAACGUUUUUAUUUACAGUACCGAGAGAUGAAAUAGCACUAUUUGUUAGUUCAUUUUGGUUUAGUUGGUUAGCCAUGCGACCGCGGGAGCUCUUGUUAGUUAUGUAGUCCUGGUCGCUGGAUGCAGGUCUCUUCGGGUUGCGCGGGCCUUCUGGCCGUCCUCACUGUGUGCCUACUAACUGAUGUAAGGGAAUUGUUAUAGUAAAUGUUCGAGUCGCAAAUUGAACUUAUAAGUCUGUUCUAUCAAUGUUAUGUACAAAAUCCAACCAUUUGUUACAGAUAAUGUUGACAGCUAGAUGAUUCGCGAUCUUAAUAUUAAUGGCACCCUUGAAUCAGCUUUGGCUUUUUCAUGGCAAUGUUGAAAUACGAAAAAUAGUAAUCGCAAUAUUUAGUUUAUAAACCAGAUUAUUUGGUAAAUUGACGUAAGUUUAAUUAAUAAGAGAUAUUGAGAUCGCGAAUGACGUCACACAAUAAAUAAUAUUAUUGUUACUACAGUUUUAAUAUUUAAUUUUACUUAAUGGACAAUAGAAUCGAAGAAUGGCGAUAGAUGGGUUCACGAUUAUCCUUGACCUGUGCCAACUUUAGCUGUUAUUGUUGAAGAAAUGUAGAUGCAGUUAAUUUAUUUAUUGUCACUAGGACAGCAUAAUAUGUUAAAAGAUUGACGAGGGCGUAAUUAGGGACAGAGUGUAAUAUUCUGCUUUUAAGUGAAGAGAAUUUGUAAUCCAUUUCUGACUCUUGAAUGCCUGGUAACUUUGUAGCAUUCUUGUUCAUAUAAGCAUUUAAUUAUUCUAGUUUUUCUGUCUUCGUUAUGAGUUUAUUUAUUUAUUACGCCUACCUGUGAGCUCCGAGAAAAGAUAUUCAUUUAAAAAAUGACCUAAAUUCAAAUAAUUAUUACAAAUUGAGCUUUAAAAUCUAAUUAAUUAUAGUGCAAUAUCAACGUCACUUUUAAAAAGAUAUUUUUGCAUGAAUAUUUUAUAAUUUUUGACUGUACCUACCUACCUACAUACAUACAUAAGACCUUUCGAACACAACAAAAAACUGGGCCAAAUGUUUCAAUAUGGUAGUUAUUAAAAAGAAAAUAUUCCUCUGAAGUAAACCGUACCUGUAAGAAUUACUAAAAUAUCCAUAAUUAUGAUAUGUAACACACUUCGUAACGCUGGUUGUCGCUUCGUUUCGCUCGAAGCGGAAGAAGUGACAAUGGUAUUAUGACGCGUGAAUAAAUUAUAAGGAGAUGAAAUAUAUAAAAACAAAUCGGAAAUUGUUAUGAUUGGCUGUGAUGUGACCUUCAAUAUACCUACGUUCUGGACAGUUUCCGCUAGUCUGACUUGAAGAUUAAUCAUAAUGUAAGCUCUAACUAAAUUAUCUUUGUUCUCUACUUCGCGAAUGCCUUACAAGCGCCAUCUGUGUCGCUCAAACUAUAAACCAGGGCCCGCUCCUAUGUAGAUUCUAUUUUUAAAAUAUGUAUAAAAAAAAAACAGUAUUUUUUUCUAAUGCUUUUUGAUAUGCGAGAAGUUUUGUCACUUUGCCUAAGAAUAGGUGAAAUAAAAAAUGUAUAAAUAAUAUAAAUAAAGAGAGAAAAAUAUUUUAAUUGUAAUAAUAUUGUGAAGCGAUAAUGCUCAUGUAAAUAAUGAAGUAGUGUAUAAAACUAAUAUGUUAGAAAUACACAGGAAAUUACAUAUAAA